UGUCGGGCUGCUCGCUGCAUCGAGCGAUCUUCCCAAACUUUCCGUGCCAAAGCUUCCUGAAGCUUCUCUGUUUGGUUAUAUGUGGCGCGGGGGCGACAGCUGGAGCCGAUGGGGGGAGUCGUGUAAAAAAGAUAAAACAUGGUUCUGAUGACCGAGCAGGCGGACAGACCUCUGACCCCGUUAUCCACAUCGGAGCAAGUUUCCCACAAGGACUCCCGGGGGACUCGGUCGACGUGUGAGGUGGAGAAUGGAGGUGAGAGGAGGCAGAGGAGGCCUGGGCGGGCACCUGCAUACCUCCACCUGUGUCUGGAGGCAGAGUCAGACCCCUCAGAGUGCCGGAAGAAACCAGCCAGCAUGAGGUUGAAACCUGUGGAGCAGCUUUCACCCAUGCCGAGUCCGGGCGACUUCGAAACGAAGUUUGAGAGGAAGAAAUCCCAGCCCAGCCACUUAUCAAAAACAAAUGCUCAGUAUCAUAAGUUAUUCAAGGAGGUCAGCAAAGACGAGAUACUCAAACAAAGUUACACUUGUGCGCUGCAGAGAGACAUUUUAUAUCAGGGCAAAAUGUUUGUCUCUGAUAACUGGAUCUGUUUCCACUCCAAAGUGUUUGGCAGAGAUACAAAGAUUUCGAUCCCUGUUGUGUCUGUGACGUUCAUCAAAAAGACUAAAACUGCUUUACUGGUGCCAAACGCGCUUGUGAUCGAAACAACAAGUUAUCAGCAUGUGUUUGUGUCCUUCCUCUCUCGAAACACCACCUACAAGCUUCUCAAGUCCAUCUGCGUUCAUCUGGAGGUGGAUAAAACCAGUAACAGCCCCGUUACCUCCUCCUGUGAGAACAGCUUCAGGGUGAAGUGCCCGUCUUCUCUUCCUCUGGACUUUUCUCGAGACUUCUCUGACCUCGAUGGGGUUGUGCAACAAAGGCGGCAGGAGAUGAUGGAGAGCAGCAGCUCCGGCUCUCAAACUCCAGAUUAUGAGAAAAUAACCGACUUCACCGGCCUGCCAGGCACAUUUCUCAGCGCGGUGAAGGGUGGAGAGGUUUCAGUCCACGCUGACAUUCACCUCCAGACUCCCAGCCAGAAACACGGGGCCGCCGCUAAGAACGGCGCCGCUAAGCCGACCCGAGGAGUCCCACUCAAAGACAAACCCUCGCAGCCCGUGUCGCUUCACGCCAUCCUCCUCAUCUACUUGUUUUUAGUUAGUGUUCUUGUCCUGUCCUCCUGUUACAUGGCUUUGAAGAUUGUGGCUCUGGAGCAUCGUUUGAACUCCCUGGUGUCAAUGGGGGAGCACGUUCGCAACGAAAACGCCGUGAGCCACAGAUCCCAGAGUGAAGUGAAUGCUGAGAUCUAUGGAGAGCUGUCGACCAACUUGUUCAAGCUGGAGAAGAUUCAAAGAAACCUGCGGAAGCUACUUGAAGAGACUUAAAAGAGUUGUCUGUCGGGACAGAAGCUUAAAGUUUUAGGAGAAAUGUUGGUUUAUCACUGAAGAACAGCAGUGAUCUGAUUAGGUCAUAGAUCUGCUGCCAAAGCUUGAACACCUCCUACAGAAAGCUUUCUUACAAUUAUGUGAACUUUUAACUUAAAUUGUGCAAUAAUUAUUGAUUGAUUGAUUGAUUGAUUCCUUUAUUUCGAACAUGUAAAAAUGGCUUCUUUCCUCUUCCCACUCAGGACUCUUUCUGAACAAAGCGUUGUGUUGGAGGCUAAACUGAAGCAGCGUGUUAGUGUGUCAGUGUUAGCGUUCGUGAAGAGACUUUUAAAAGCGUCUGUGUUGUUUUUAUCUGGGAGCUUUUAUUUUGCAUUUCACAAUAGUGGGAUUUUUGAGGUCCAAAGGUCUUAUUUCAAUGUUUCCAAACAUUUCCUAAAAGGUCAACUUGUGCUGUUUAUAUGUUUUUUUUUUGUUAGAAUUUAAUUGCCAAUAACUUAAAAUUAUGUGAAGUAUAUGAAUAAGUCAGUUGGGUGUAAUAACUUUGCUUUUAUAGGCACCUACAGACAGAAACAGGGCUGUUACUUGAGUGGAGGUUUGCUGAGUGAAAACAUGUUGAAACUGAGCUGAACAGGUAUUUUUAAUGCACAUGUCCUCCAAUCUGUAGCUUUUAACCAUGUUCAUUACAAGUUUGUUCACUUACAUAAUUGAAGACCUUCUCGAUUUAUCAGAAUUCAAGACUUUCUCCUUUUUUGUGUGUGUUUUUACUUUAAUCCUUGUCAGAAGUCAUGGUGUUGAGUGUUUGUGCAUUGAGAGAGCAGUGAGUCAUUUUGAGGAUCAAUAAUGAGCUUUGUGCCGGUGUGAUGAACCCUUUCGUUUACAUUCAGGUCUGUGCCUUCAGCCGCCGUGUCUGUCGCGGUCAUGAAAUAAAUGUCUCUCGUGCUG